UCGCUCUUGACAGCCAUUUCUACCUACAAAACAGACAGGAUGUUGAGGAGGAAUUAUCUUCAAAUUAUUUUUCUCUUCUACAUCUCACUGACAUUUGGAAAUGGACUUGAAUAUCUGAAGUAUUUUAUGAAAGUACCAAACUGUGCUCCGAAAGACGGUAAAACAUUGAUGACACUUGACGUGGAUGCCUUUCACUGUUCGAAGAGUUGUUUUGAAACUUCUGCAUGUAAAUCCUUCAUGAGCAGAACGGUAAGUCCAAGCUGUAUGUUAUACGAAGAAGACUCAACAGAGAGGAUGCUAAUAAAAGAAUAUAAUACCCAUUUUUAUCAGUUGAGAAGAUCUGAGCCCACCAAAUAUAGAGACGGAAGAUGUCCUGUGAAUCUCAUUUACAAUGCUCACGCUCCUAUUCCUACACUUUUGAAAUCGGUGUCUGGUGUCAAUUAUGCGCAGUGUUUCAAUCGUUGUGAAGCGGAACCAAAUUGUCAAUCGUUUCACUACGUCUUUCUUUAUGAAAAAUGCACAAUGUCAAAUUAUAACUAUACUUAUACACCGUUUCAUGUGCACAAGGGUUUCAUCUACACUGACAUAAACAGAGAACUUUGGAACGAUUUCAAACAGUCAAAUACACUGGACAAGAUUAACUCUGUGGGAUGUGGUAUAAGACUUUUCGACUCUUAUUAUUUCGUUGACAAAAAAGAAACUAAUGAUUUGACAGCUUAUUCAACAUUUUCCUUCAAACAAAAUCAAUAUCACAACCUUAUAACCGAGACCCAAAUGGAUGCUCACUCGAUUCAUAUUGGAUUCUUUGUUUAUAGUUUCUUGAAAAGGAGAGGUGGCGGUGGACAUUGUGUUUGCAAGUCUUUAUGGAUUGGUGAGAUCGAUACGGUUAAUGCUUAG